CCUUCUCGUAUAUACAAAAUGGACGCGAAAGGAGAACGGAAUGCGUAGUCGUUGAAGGAAUAUCUUGAAAAAUGGAGCAUGUUUUAAAGCACGGUGCUGUUAUGCCUCGGAUACUCCAGCUCGAAUAGUGCCAGCUCGGCAGUGGAGCCGAAUUCCAAAUAUAUUCGCUCAGGAUAAUUCCAAGCACAAUUUCCGAUCUCCGAUUUGUAUUAUGCAUUAGUCAAAAGUGUCGAAGUACGUCGCCCUUUCGACAUAUUCGACUAUUUCAAAUAAUUCUGCCAUACUGUGUUCGUACAGUGGCGCCGUCGAGAGGCAUAGCGGUAAAUAUGCGAAAGCGCAACAUACCGUCCAUUCUAGUACGGCGGUCAGAGACACACGAACUUACCGGCGGUCGGCGGUGGGAGGCAGAAGGCACGAUGGGCAACGGCGAGCGCGACAAGGACAGUAUCAAAAUAUGGUAAACCGCGCGGGACACGGGGAGAGCGAUGAUCGAGUGAGCAGUGUCUAGACAAAGAUGGACGCCGUGAGUCGAACGGAGAAGACAUAACAUGGUCACGGUGAGGGAAACAGCGCAUUCUUUCGCAGCAAGUGUGUGCGUGGAUACGGGGAGGAGCGGGACAAGUGGAGUUGCGAACGGGAGAAAGAGGUACGGAACGAAAGAGAGAGAUAUUGCCGAGCAUGAACGUCCAGUGGCAUGUCUUCAAACACUCGGCAUGCUCGUAGCUGACGCGAGGUGGUAGCGUCGUGGAAACGAGAAAAUCGUCGCGCGUAUUACCGUGAAAUUCGGUGUGCAUCAUACCCGCGUCUUGUAAGUAAGCAUUAUUCUUGAACAGUAGAAGAAUUGAACGGUGGUGCGACUUUCUUUCACCGGUUUCCAACGGACGGGAUUACGCGGGACAGUCGGUGGUAUCUGUCGGUGGGCUCUGUAGUGCAUCUGAGUGAGUGCUACUGUCAUCGUCGUCGAUCGCGAGUUUGAAUUAAAACGGUAAAGGGAUAACAACGAGAGAAUAAGUAAGUGAUAUAUAAAACUGUUUUCACACAUUGCGCGUUUAUUCGAACUCAAAAGAGAGAAAAGCUACGGAUGCCGCGAUAGAGGGCGUCGAGUUCCCACAUAUUCUUGCGUGCGAAAAAUGUCAAGAUCCGCUGCACGGCAUUAGCAUUAUAACCGCGGCUAAUGCAACGAGGAAAAGGGAACACGGUGAAACGUGCUCCGCCGCUGCACGGAGCCGGCGAUAGCGCGCGUCGCUUGAAACGGGUCGCGGGCCGUCGCUGCCGUUCCGCCUCCGCCUCCGCCACCGUCGCCGCAGUCGCAACCAUCACCGCCGCUGCUGCCGCAAGAGACACGACGUCGCUGUAGCGUCCGGCAGGGAGAUCGCGACGGAGCGACGUUCACGCAGGUCACGCGCGCGAGAACGAGUCGCGAAGUGGCUGCCGCGAGUGAUCGUUCAAGUUAGUUUAAAAAGGACACUGCCGCGAUUGUCAGACAAUUGCGAUUUGUUGUGAGCCCGUUAAAAGCUCGAGUGCAGCACCUUACGAGUGGAUCUCGAUGUGACACUCCGGUUGAACGAGAGAGAGAGAGAGAUAUGCUGGAAGGCGACUAAAUUGUGCGAAGCGACAAAGCAUCGAGAGAAAACAGAAGAAAUAUAAAUAAGAGUGCGCGGUGUUUUGUUUUAUUGUUUCUUUCUUUUAUUUAUUCUGUGGUGCAUGAGAAGACGCGAGAGAGAGCGAGCGCGGGAUCGUGGAAAGGAUUCCGAGAUUCCGACCAGCGGGAGGAAUUUGUGUGCGCGAGUGUCAAACGAGGGAAGGAAGGAAGACGAGAAGAAAAUAAGGAAGGUGGGAAAGAGAAAGGCCACGGGAAGGUGGUGAUGAUACGCGAAGUGCACCCGAUCGAUGCACCCGUGCGAGCAAAACACUACGACAGUGUCGCCGCCGCCGCCGCUCGCCACCUCUGGCUGCUCCUCGACGGUCGGCUAUGUUAACGGUGGAAUUCCGUUCGAGAAGAAUCUGAAGGCGGGGAUUCUGACGUCACGUUCAUGAUAAUGAGGUAUUCAUGAUGGCGGAGUAGUGCGCGAGCCAGAGCGAGAGAGAAAGAGUACGAGAGAAAGAGCGCGCGGUACAUAUGCCCGCUGCGCCUCGCGUAUAUGUGUGUGCAAUACGUUUUAUCGCCGUCUUCGUCGCUGCACCGGAAUCGCCGCUGCUCGCCGUCUCCCUCAUUCCCACCUCGUCCAAUUUACCUGUCUCGUUCUCGCCCGUUCUUCACGUCGGCCGCACGACGAGUGAGAGAGAGGUUGUAUAUGCGGCCCGAGAAGCGUGUGUACGCGCGCACAGAUAUGCGCCCGUCGACCGCACGGCGAUAGAGAGAGAGGUUUUGGAUGGAUUUAGAGCGCAGUGAAAUAUGCCAAGGAGACGGAAUGGGGAGAUACCGCUUCCGGAAGGAUGGGACGUCGCCCAGGACUUCGACGGAAAGGUGUACUUCAUCGAUCAUAAUACGCGAAAAACUACAUGGAUCGAUCCCCGGGACAGGUUUACUAAACCCCAAACAUUUGCGGAUUGUAUCGGCAACGAGCUUCCCCUCGGCUGGGAAGAGGCCUACGAUAAACACGUGGGUGCCUACUACAUCAAUCAUGUCAAUCAGACAACGCAGCUGGAAGAUCCAAGGCAGGAAUGGCGGGCCAUUCAAGAGGCAAUGCUUCGCGAGUAUCUGCAGACCGCACAGGACGUACUCGAGGCGAAGAAGGAGAUCUAUGAUGUAAAGCAGCAGAGGCUCUGUCUGGCACAGGACGAGUACAAUCACCUCAAUAACGCCUUAUCCACCCUCGGCGCAUCGCGUACAAGUUUGUGUUCCAGCUCGAGUUCCUUGAGUACCAAAUAUGACCCUGACCUGCUUAAAUCUGAUGUGGCACUCGCCAGGAACCGAGUUUCUCGAUUAAAACGAGAACUCGAGCAGAUUCGCGCGGAGAUGAACUGCACGCAACGAGGAGUGGAUACUCUUGUCAGUGUGGAGCAAAAAUUGAGCGGUCAUCAUGCUGGCUGCUACAACAUCACGGAGGCGCAAGCAAUUUACGCAGAGCUCCGCAACAUCCAGAAGUCUUUGAGCUCCGGCGAGAAGGAGAAGGCUGAGCUGAUGCAGUCGCUGGCGCAACUCAAGGACGAGCUGACGAGGCUGCAACUGUGCGAGGGUAGUCCGGAAGCCAGCACGCUCAGUCUGCCACAGGAGAAGCUCAGCACGGCCUCCCAGACUGAUCUCUCGGGCGAACUAGUGCCGAUCGGGACCCGAUUGGCCGAGAUGGCGCGUAUGAGGUUGCAGUACGACGAGGCGAGGAAGCGGAUCCAGCACAUUCAACAGCAAUUAGCGGAUCUCGAGGAGAAGGUGACGCCGGGCCAGUCCGAGAGCGACAAGGACAAGCUCCUGCUGUUCCAGGAGAAAGAGCAGCUGCUGAGGGAAUUGCGAAGCAUCACACCGCGCACGCGGACGCAACAGGACAUGAAGAAGAUCCAGUGCGAGAUCCGCAGGCUCGAGCAGGAUCUCAAUAACGCGUUUGAGCUGUCGAACAAGACCAUCACCGAUCGCGUACGGCUGCACGAGGAGAAGCAGCUGCUGCUGCAGCAACUCAGGGACGCCCUGCGUUCGAUGGCGAUGCUGGAGGGCCAGUUGAAGACGCUGAGCGCGAGCACGUUAUCGGUGAGCAGCAGCUCCAGCCUCGGUAGCCUCAGCACGACCAGCAGCAAGGGUUCCCUCAGCUCUGGCCUCAGCUUCACUGAUAUUUACGGCGGCCCGCAGUGUCUAGGAUCGGCCUGCUCGCAGCAGGAACGACCGGUCGACAUGGUGGAUCUGCACAGACGCGUGGAGAGACUGCUGCGCGGCUCCGAGCAGAACAAUCUCGUCGGCACGCCGUCGCCCGGUAGAUCUCAGCCCAGUCUCUCACCGAGAUCGAGUCUAUCCAGUGUGAGUCCGCCGGUGUCGCCAUUGUACGAAAACGCGCCGAUGGGACCGCCGCCUACGUAUGAACAGGUGGAGCUGCAGAGACGGCAGCAUCAAAGAACGGUGCCCGUGGCGAGCGCUAGCGCGACGGCAGCAACGGCGACAGUGGCGUGCAGCGGCGCGAUUCCGUCGCAUUUGGACGGAACUCAAUUGGAGGACCGUUUGACGGAACUCAGGCUUAGUCAGCAGCAGGGAGUGAUCGCUCAGCAGGAGCAGACGUGCUCUUCCAAUACGCAGGAUCGUAUGAAGCUUGUGAUCGGUCCCCAUCCGCCUGUCGAGCUGCAAUCGAGUAACAUGUCUCAAGGCAGUGGUCUGGGUAGGCCUGGUGGCGCGACCGGCGUGCAGCUGCAGCUACAGCAGGUGCCGACGCCGCUUGUGCCUCAGGAACCACCGCCUCUGUCGCCAAUCAGCGAGACGCCGCCACCCACCGGGAUAAGAUCGAGGGCCAGCAGUUCCGGUACCAACACCAGAUCCGUUUCCGCCGCGGUCUCCGACGAGAGCGUCGCCGGCGACUCGGGCGUCUUCGAGGCGUCGAACCGAAAAAGACUGUCCGGUCAUAUUUCCGACGUGGAUUCGUUGGCUACCAGCGAGAUGAGCUUGGAAACGGCGCAGGUGCAAAUCAAACUGAGGUAUUCGGUGAGCGAUGGAUUGCUUCAUAUUGGCAUCGAACGCGCAAGGAAUCUAUCCGCGCUUAAUAUACCCAAUAACGCGCAAGUGUACAUCAAAACUGCCGUACUACCAAUGAUUCAUCCCAAGUGUUGCACGAAAGCUGUCGUGGACUUGCAAAAACCGACCUUCGGCGAGACGUUCUCCAUCGCCAUGCCACUCAAGAAGUUGUAUACGAAGACGCUGCAAGUGACACUCUGGUGUACCGAAGACGAAAGAUGCUUGGGUUCUGCGCAAGUCUCGUUGGCAGACUUCAGUCCAGAAUCUCCUAGCGUGAAAUGGUACAACAUACUCUCCUUCCACUUCAUGCACCCGUCCGAUAAUCCUAGCGCCAGCACCAGCGCUUCCACGAGCGUCAUCCGGCAGGCGAAACACGACAAACAGGAAUCGGACAUCUCGGUGUACAGAAGCGUGCAGAGUACAAAGGAGGAGAGCAGCGAUGAGAGUACAAUAAUCAGCUCGCAGACGUCCACCUUGACGAGGAAUCAAGGCUGCGACAACUUACAGACAGCUGUGACAUUGAGACUGGAAGAAUUGGCCAGUUGUUUGGCGAUUGGAAAUAGCCCCGAGGAGGAGGACGAGGACGGAGGCAGUGAAAGCGACAGUGAGGAUAGCGGCGAGGAGGGUAUUAUCGUCGAGUUUAUGGUGGAGGACAAUGUUCUGGAGGAUGUUUUGGAGCACGAGGAAGAUGAAGAGUUGAACGAGGAAACGAGGCAAACUCAGGACAAGGAAACAAACACCGAGUGCAUAUUUAUUCCGGAGCAGGGCAAGCAAAGAAAACUCUCCGCGGCUGGCGUUGUGCCCGGCGCUGUUUAUGACGACAAGAACUCUAUUGUGAUCAAGAGGAGUCAGACGUUCUCGCCGAGCGCAGCCGUCAGCAAAAAUCAUUACAUCUGCCGCCUUAAUCGGAGCGACAGCGAUAGCAGCAUGCCGCUCUAUCGCAGAGGCGGACCUUUCCAACGAAACUCGGUGGAGAGACGCUCUCUGCGAUGGCGACGACCGUCCUCCGCUCUCAGUUACAAAACCACCUCGAAGAAAUCGCCGCAUUUGCCGCCCACCGCGAGAACGUCGUUGGAUCUCGAAUUAGAUCUUCAGGCGCAACACGCUAGACUAAAUAAUCUCCAAGACGAGCUUUGUAGGUUACGGGAACUGAAGCAGCGGUUGGAACAAGCGCGCGAGAAAGGCGACACCGACCUGGCGACGUGGCUGUUGGAAGAUCAGAAGUUCCAAAACCUCAUGGCGCAAGCCGAAAGCGGCAAAAACGGCAAGAGCGCCGAGGAUAAAAAAGUGGAGAAAAUGCUAAAGAAAACUUCGAAGGAGAUCUAUAAGUUGAGGAAAACGAAGGCUGGCAAAGGAAAGCCCGACAUAAUCUCCUUCAAGGAAAAGAUGGCCUUCUUCACGCGAGUGAAUCUGAACGUUCCUGUUUUGCCGCCCGAGGAUGUCGGGUCCAACGGUACGUGUUCCGCAGUACCGCACAUGCACAGGAGGUACGCGUCGGAGCCGGUUACGAGCGUUCACAGUGCGAUUACGAACUCCACAACGAGGCCGAACAGCGUUUCCGGUGCCUCGUCCGCCGCGAAGAGUGGCGUUGUCGUCACAGUAAACGCCAAUGAGAACGAGGUCGCGGAGACUAACGCCAAAAAUAAAGCGUCCGUGAACGCUAAGGGUCGGCCGACGGCGGCGGCGGAGUCGAGCGCGCCAAGUUCGGAGAACGGUGAGAGCGAGGUUCCGAAGUCCAGCGACAAGAACGGCAACGGAGAGCCAAAGAGAUACGAAUACGUCGUCGACAGGGUCCUCGGCGUGGAGGUGUGAGAGUUUGCGCGCGUUCCGGAGCUGCAACUUUCACGUUCACAAAUCUAUCUCCCAAGUUCGGAGUGUAGCAGGACAGGGAAAGGCGAGCGAGUACGCCUUCCUGAAUCUGAGAGCCGCUAAUUCGGAAUCCCAGGUGCCAUGCGCAGAUUGCAAGUAAGCGCGCGCGUCGGAGAGCCCGAAGGGAUAGGACAAAAUGCGUGCGGAAUUGAUGCAACAAUUAAUGCGAACGACAGUAUUCGCGGUGCGUGUGCCAAUACCUGCGUUGCUGUGCUUCGACGGGCGCAGCAGCAAGAAUUGCGCGCGAAACGCGAUGUGUACAUACGGAAAAGUAAAUUAUUUAAAUGAUACUCCAUGCUAGGCUAUUUAUAAUUGUUAACUCGACUCGAGCCCGAGUCAGUCCCGCGAAAUCGCGGCCGCGACACUCUCGCGCGUCGCAUAUCGUUUGUUUCCUCUGUGCGUCGGAGCACAUGACCCACCGAGCAGCUGGUCUGCGACUCAAAAAGUCUAACGAGAGUAGGCUGUGCCCAGGUUGGCUUAACGAAUUUCGCUCCGGCCUCGGUAUCGCUGUUUUUACGUCUUCGAUUUUCUGGUUCUGAGCUCCCCAACGGGGAAUCUGUUGUGUCUUAAGUGUCCUUCACGCACAUCGAUUCUGGCAACGCAAAUCAAUUAAAAAUGUGCCUUAUUAUUGAACUCGUUGCGCGGGGAAAAUGUCGCGAAUUAUACACGGUAUCUGGUAUAUUGUGGUACAAUCGAUGACGCGGUGAUUUCUGAUGAAACAAUGUUUUUUAGGUCGCGUGGUUCUCGAGAAAUGCGAUUCGCACAUGAAAUUUCGUGUAUGAUAUAUUUGAAACUGACAUUACGAUUUUUAAUUAUUUCUGAACUUCACUGAUUGCACCAUGGUUUGCUGGACAUUCUGCAUUCUGUAAUCAUUACAUUGUUCGCACCGAGGACAUGUAGGAGCAUUUAGACGAGAGCGCGACAAUCGAAAAUACUCAUUGCCAUUUUCGCGAAUAAGCAACGAUUCGAAUGAAUUACAGCUUUAAAACAAGUUUUUUAAAACAAGUACACGUUAACGUUAUAUAAAAAGUAUAUAAAUAUCUCUCGCUGAAUUGAUUGCAUCAACAAUUGUUUGAUUUACUGAUGUUAUUUGGUUUACUGAUUUCCGGUUUACUGAUGUUAUUUUGUAAUUCUUUUUUAUUCCUUCUGCAGUUUGAAUGAAAAAGAAAAAAUAUUAAUUAUCUAGCAGCAGAUGGUGGAAUUGAUGCAAUUAAUCCCGAGAAGUGUUUUAAAAGAUGCAAUUGGUAAUUAGUUUUAAUAGAUUAUUUAUCAGAUUGAAAUAAAUUGACGUUUACUUUAAUAUUAAACGGUCACUAUUUUGAUGAGAGAGUUAUAAAACGAUCAAAUAUUUUACGACUAAGAAACUUAAUUGGCGAAAGUUAAACUUAGCUUAUUUAAAACACAGAAAAGAUGUAUCCAUUUUCUUUACCUGAAGAUACAUUAUAUCUGAUCUAACAUUGAGGCCAUGACUCAAUGUGACUUCAAUAUCUGAUCAGGAGUCUUAGUAAUAUUAGUUUACUAUUACUUAGUAAUAGUAAUAAACUUACUAUUACUUAGUAAUAGUAAAACGAUUAUUUAUUCGUAUUUUUCUUGAAAUGAAAGUAAAAAACAUGAAAUAAAAGGUUUACAUUGUUUGAAUUAUUAGAUUAUAAGUUAGAUACAGAAGGGAUAAAAAAUUUUUUGUUAUUGUUUGAAAUGUUUUUGUUAGUGUUUAAAGUAAAUUCGACCGUUUUAAUGUUAAUGCAAAAAGUACAGAACUUGUUCGUCAUCAAAGUCGUUGAUAAUGAGAGGUAUCUCCAAGGUAAAGGAUGCCAUAUUACGUGUAUAGCGAGGAGCCCAGUGUAGAUUUUGCGAGUUAAGGGGGAAAGGAGGACAAUUGCAGCAAAAAAUUGGGGAAAAUAUUUGUAUAUAUUUUUGUAUAUACGCAUCUCUACGUUAUAUCUACGCGCUUAUAAAUAUAUGUAUAUUUUAUAUAUAUAUAUUUAUAUAUAUAUAUAUAAAAGUAAACACGAGAGAAGAGCAGUUUGCAGUGUAGUGACAUGCUCACUUUGCAUUAUUUACAAAUGGAUUUUUAUGGAACGUGCGUUCGAUUUUAUAGAGCGUUUCGUGAGCCUGCGAAUUCAUAGAGCGACUGCAAAAUUAAAUACGCAGUAUAAAAUACGCCAAUUAAAUACGCAAUAUAAAAAAAAAAUAAUAUAUAUCUAUCUAUAUAUUAAUAUAUGUACAUAUAGAUGUAUAUAUAUAUUUUUCUUCGUUCGAAUAUAUAUAUAUAUAUAUAAAAUUGCCUCACCCAAGUGCUGAAUUUAUUACGCUCAUGUAUUUAAUUAAAGUUAUACAUUAUAAUAUUAUUUACUACCGCAUUAGCGCUUUAUUGUAUCAAAGUAAAUAUAAUGGUAAUAUCAAUAACGAUGACGUACCACUAAGAAUGCUAAAUAGACGAUAAACGUAAUUUCGUAAAGAGGACAUAUACACACAGGCAGAUACACACGUACACACCUCUACAGACACACAUUCAAACCUGCAGGAACUAUCACAAUCACAGUUUGAUUUGUAAGUAACGGUUCGUAUGGUAAUGAUUAAAAGGACAAAAUACAGUAUACUCUUGCCACGUU